GUCUGAAUAGCGCUGACAAAAAAAGAAAAGAAAAAAGCAUAAGAGGCAGGCUGCGUAUGAGGUUUGCAGAAAAGGGCCCAUUCCAAGUCACACGCGUGUUAGCAAUGGCGCUUGUUAGAGAGAAGUGCGGAGAGUCACGCCAUGAAUCUGGCCAGCCCAGACAGAUACAUGUGCGUUGGCGAGGGUGGAAAGAGAGGUCCCGUAGUUGGCGAGGAGAAAACUAAUGAUUAGCAUCUAUCUAGGUUAUGAUUUGGGUGGAAUCUUGGUUGGAUUAUGCUCGUUUAGUAUGCUUCGAAGGAUGAACACUAGACAUGGGGAGAUGGUUCUGGCGGCAAGGGGGCUUCAGGAUCAGUUUUUGCAAGUGCCGCACGAGGACGGGGUAAAGACCUGCUUCGCCCGUACUUGGCCUGUCCCAUCCUCGCUGGCAAAGAUGAACGCCGAGGCUCGCGCUCGCAGUGCGACUGGCUGACCUGAUGCAGCUCUGCGCACAGAUA